AUGGCUGCGAAUUCUGAGAAUAUAUUGUCCUUGUCAUUGCGGUAUAAUUCAGAAGUUCAUGGGGGCACUGAUUCCCUAUGUAUUCCACUGUGUUCUCUUUGCCACAAGGUUUUACCGCUUGAUGAUGGUGCGAUAACAGGUGAUCUUGCAUUGGGUGGUGUAUGCAGUGACUGUGCUGAUUCUCUAUGUGUUCCACUGUGUUCUCUUUGCCGCAAGGCCUUAUCGCCUGAUGAUGAGAUAACAGGUGAUCUUGCAACGGGUGGUGUAUGCGGUGACUGUAAAUUUCUAUUGCUUGAAGACUUUGGGAAUCAUACGGUUUCUCAAAGCUCUCAAAGGAGGCUGCGAGGAAGAUUCAGGCACAGUAGCUCUGAAUCGGUUCCGAAUGUUGGUGGACAAAACCAUUCCACUGCAUCUGUAGAGGAAGAUCAACUUGUAGAUGGUGACAACCCUGCAAUGUCAUUGCAGUAUGCAAGUGCAAAUACUACUCCUAGUCGUUCUAGAAGCUGGAGGCAUGUUCUCUCAGAUACUGACAGUGAGGGUUUUGAGAAUUGGCGUUCUCAUUAUGGUGAAAAUGAAUCAAAUGCGAGUUUUAGACAGUAUAUGGUUCCCCAAAGCGAGACUGGUUCUUUUUCUUUCAGUCCUUAUGGAGGUGACUCGGAUAUCUCUAUCGACAGACAGAGUUUUGUAGGUACUGGAAUUUUUAAUUUACCAGACGAGGGAGAUGAGUUUGAUACUGACACUGACAUUGAUCCAAUGCACGCUGGCCUCGGCCAAUGGAACUCGGACAAUAUGGAAGACGAGGAAGAGGAGGACGAGGAGGAAAGAGAAUGGGAACUACCCGAGGUUGAUGAAUCUGCAUCCGCUCGCCUUCAAGUUCUUUUUAACUCAAGUCCAAAUGAGAGCCGAGGUCGCAUUAAUUGGGAACAAAGGUUUAAUGCAACUGAAACCGAGGGGAUAUUUAGCCAGUUAAUCAGGGAAACUUGGUUAGCUCUGGACGAUGCUGAAUUACCCGACGAAGCUAAUUUUGGAGACUUCCUGGAUACCAGACGCUUCAAUGAUCUGCUUGAUAAUCUCGCUGACAACGACCCAUCAAGACGAGGAGCACCACCUGCUGCUGCGUCUUUUGUAAACAAUCUGCCUUGUGUAGUCAUUAGCAAGGAACACGAGAAACACGAUGAACUAGUUUGUGCUAUCUGCAAGGAUGUUUUGUCCGUUGGAACUGAAGUAAAUCAGCUCCCUUGUUCUCACCUUUACCAUUGUCGUUGCAUUUUGCCGUGGUUGAGGACACGUAAUUCGUGCCCUCUUUGUCGUUUUGAGCUUCCAACCGAUGAUAAGGAUUACGAAGACGGAAAACAGAACAACAACGAUGGUAGAAAUGUGAUCUACGAGAGACAGCAGCAACUACACGUUAUAGAUGAUAGCUUCUCUGAUAUUUCUGAUGGAGUUGAAGCGAGUGAAGACGGUGAUACCACUAUUCAUGAUGUGCCGAAUUCUUCUGCAAUAGAAAGUGGUAGGGGAAGAUGGCUGUUUCUUGCUGCAGCUCCGAUUGUUAGUCUAGUUGGCAUGGUUAUUGUACUGUGGCUAGGUAGAAACUCUCGGAGUGAAGGGAGUAGACAUUCGAGUACUCGCCUGGCAGCGCAAAAUCAGCAAUUUUUUCAUGAUUCUCGAAACCGAAGGGAGAGCAGACGCAGAAGAUGGUGGUGUCCAUUCUAA